AUUGUUUAAAAUUAAUGGAAAUGAAGUUAAAUAGUGCAAGUGUCUGAUUAAUUGUUUGAUUAGAAACUCAAUUAGCAAACAAAUAUUAAGUUAACGAUGAGCUGGUGCAGAUAAGCAAAAAUUGUGGUAUUUUGUGAAAGAGGAAGACAAAGAGGGAAAAAAGAGAGAAAAGAGAGAAAGAGAGAGAUUGCGAAGGGGGAAGUUUCCUUCUUUUCUCUCGUUAAUUUAUUUUCAUUUCACGCUUCUAAGUGUUGGAGUUUAGUUUACUAUUUGUAUGAAAAGCUGUCCAUUGAUUAACUGUUAAUUUUAAAGCCAUUUCAGUUCUUAGUGUACAACAUGCUGUCCAAGCUUUUGUUACACUCUUACAUCCUCUGUGUUGGACUCGCUAUUAUUUUGUCGAUCAAUGUUAAUCAUGUGAACGGAUCACCAGAAGAUACCAACGUGGAACCAUCGAAAUUAAAUGGAUCCAAUUCAGGUGAUUUAGUGUUCCAAUCAUCUUCUCAAAAUGGAUCCUCAGCCAAGGAGAACUGUGAAAGUCGUAAUUCAAGUUGUGCCGAAUGUGUUAAAUCAAAAAAAUGCUUCUACUGUUACCCAACCAGUAAAUGUUUAGAUUUUAGUUUACGUUUCUCUGGCUGUUCCUCAAUAAAGGAAACAGCUUACGGUACAUGUUUGGUUAAAUCAAAUGUUCUCGCUAUCGCAUUGGGUUCAGUCGCUGGUGUUGUAAUUUUAGGAAUGGCUAUCGCAUGCUGUUGCUGCUGUAGAUGUCAAAGAAAAAGAUCAGGUUGGGAAGUUGACAAUCAAAAGGAGAAUCUAACCAUGAGAGCGUCUGUUAUCCGUGAUAAUGCUUACGCCCGAGAGGAAAGACAGAAACGUGUUGACGAGAUAAAACGGAAAUAUGGGAUCCCGGACAAAAAAUACAAUCGCUUUUAAAACCCAACUCUUAUCAUCAUCAUUAUUGUUACUUUCAACCUUAAAGUUAUCUGAUUUUGUGUUGAAAUUUUUCUGGUUGAACCUCUAAUACGCUGGAAAUGGAUCUUCUUCUUCCAUCUGGUUAAAGUGUGCAACCCAAUUUUGCCAUUGUCAUCUUUAAAUUUUUGUUAUAUCAUUAUUUUCAUCACCACAAACGUAGUGAUCGCCAUCACCAUCGCCAAUUUCAGUAUCAAAUCUUCCUAAUAAUUCAUCUCUCUUUUUUAUCAUCUCAUCUACACUAAAAACUCCCCUCUUUCUCGUUAUUUUACUUUCUUUUUUUCACUCCGUCUAUUCUUUUUCCAUUUUUAGCAAUGAUUCAACAUAAUUCGUUCUCUCCUCUUUCAUCUCUUCUUUCAGAACUUACUUUUUAUCUCUCUUUUCCAGCCUCUCCCGGUGUAAAUGAAUAAUGACAAUGAUAAUGCUUUAACAGUUUCUCAUUUCAUUGUAACCUUUGAACCAGAGAGUGCCCAAGUUAGAUACUGAGAUGGUUUAGAAUGGACGAGAUUUAGAUGAAGGAAAGGAAAGAGAUGGAAGAUAGAUCUUACCUUGUUUCACCUAAGUUAUCCUUAUCUUUUGUACCUUUUGCUAUAAGAAAUUUGGCUAAUUCUACCUAAACCUUAUUGUCGGUUCAUCAUCAAAAAGCUAAAGUUUAUUCUUAGCUUCAUUUUUCUUCCAAUUUACUGCUGUUUUCAUCACCAGUUUCUAUGUGUUUACCCUGAUAAAGUGUAUUAACAGCAACAGAAUAGUAAUCACAAUAACUGUUAUAUCAUGUUAUCAUUUGCAAUCUCUCAAUUUACAUUAUACAAAUUGCUAAAGCUCAACUCCAAAGUCUUAGUGUUAUCAAACCAACCUGAAAAAACAGAUUGUUUUUUAUAUCACUUGUUAGAUUUGGUUUCAUCAUAUUCACCAUCAUAAUCCUCCCUCAUGCCACCAUUUUGUAACAUGAUACUAAUUGUUGGUCUCAUAAUUGAGAAAAUCAAGCUCAACUUUAAUUCAGGCUAAAAUAACCAUGCAACUCGCACCUCUUAACUCAAUGUUUUCCAAGGAGAGAAUGCUGGUUUUUGGAUGAGAUCUCUGGUCAUUAAAAACAUUGUACAGCUAAUAAAAUUUAAUUACCUAUUCCGCACAACAAAACAAUCAACGGUUUGAAAGUGAACCACAUUUCCUCUUCAUCCAUCUGUACAUCAUCAUGGUAUACUUAAAUGAAGAAAACAGUGAAAUUUUAUUCCAAAAAAUUACCCUUUUCAAUAUUCAAUCUUUGCUUAUAAAACCCGAUUUUGUAAAUUGUGUAUUAAUAUUAAUUUUACAAUAUAAAUGUCAAUAAUUGAUCAACCUAAUUAUCAAUAAAACGCAUAUUUUUACAUUAUU